AGAUAUCGUGAUUCAUUCUCAUAACAUGGCUUACGCUGCAGUAAAAUCUGACAAAAUCGACACUGCUGUUCUUACCAAAGCGAGGGAAGCUUGUUACAAGGCUCGUGAUGCUUUCUAUGCCUGCUUGGAAAAUGAAUCCGACAAGAAGCCCACAGAGAUUGCAUCUGUGGGCUUGCUAUAUCCCCUAGAAUGCAAACAGUGCAGGAAUGAAUACGUCAAACAGUGUCGAUCUUCCUGGGUGAAACAUUUCGAUAGGCAAUACUGCCAGAACAAGAGGGUCCAGACACUUUUGGAUGACAAAGGUUCCACGAGAGGGGUGUAAAACUGUACGGAUCACCUUGGCCCUUAUCUAAAAGAAGUGUUUUCAGUUCUUGAGGGAUGCUCAAGCUCUUGGUUUGAGAGUCGUUAUUUGAGAAAUUUACAGUUCCCUCUCCUUGGCAUGGUUUGUGUGCUGUAAAGUUAUUGUAGAAGUUUGUGGCUAAUUGGGUAUCUAUGCAGCAUUGGUCAAAACUCAAAAGAAUAAAUGAAGUGACACACAUCUGGUUUAUUCUUUUCUGCAACAUUGUUCAUAGUCCCUUUAUGCAUUUAACAUGGCAAAUGGAGAACCCAGGGAUCCUUUUGGGGAUUUUACACUAUGAAUGCAUUGAAUAUGUGUACUUCUUUUCUGUUGUGGUCAAAAUGAUAUUUAAGCUCUGAUUGGUAAUGUGGUACUGGACAAUUGUUAUAGUGAGGAAUUUACCAUUAUUUCUUC